AUGCCCGGUUCCGAGGCGCGGAACCUCGCCGGACCCCCACACUCGUCGGGGCCCGAAACCCAGGUGCCCGUUGGUGCACCAGCAAACGAGGACUCCCCCGAGCGCCACCAGGAGCCUGUCUUGAACGCCACCCAAGCAGCAGGCAUUUCGUUCGGUGUGUUUGCGACGACUACGCUGACGAGCGGGUAUCUCGUUUACAGACUACGACGGCGGGAGCUGGCGUCGAGCCCAGAGUCGUCUUCGGGGCUCCAGCCGCUACCGAAAACCGUAGACGCUUGGACCGAGCGCGGUACGUUGGUUGGCGAUACCGCAGCAGUCCAAGCGGCAGCUGUACGGACAGCGUCACUUGCGCUCCUAAGCGGCACUUUGUUAUGUGCGUCUUUCGGCUACAUCGGUUGGCGGUUGCUGCUCUGGUACACAGGCACCAACGACCUGGAAAACUUCGCUACAGCGCUGAAGCAACCAAACAGCAUGCCAAAGCGCUUGCGACGCAGCCUUGAAGAGGGGUCUCUCGGGCGUUCGCUGCGGAACUGGUAUGCAUCGAUGACGACGGAGACUUUCGAGGAUGCUGGGCGUUCAGGGAUCCGGAGCAUCGAACCAGCGGCGACUGGUGCUGUGGAUACCGGGACGAUGACCUGGCUUCAGAGGGUUGCGAACAGGGCACGUCGCUCAGGCCUCAUUCUAUGGUUCCAGAAGCGAAUGCACGGACCGUCGACCGAGGCGAACGGACAUUCGCGUCCACCCAGAGAGACGUCUCCUUCGAACCCGACGUCUCCAUGA